ACCAAUUCUCCCGAAAACACCGAGACACGUUCAGACAUCCAUCUUCCCAACCGCCUGAAUCCCCAUUGAACGCCCGCAUUCGCGCAACCCUCGCUCGUAUAAGAGCCGACGAUCCUAAGCUCGUAGCCUCGCAAAAAAGCUGCAAUCACAUGGAGACUAUGGAUUGGGAUUCAGAUCGAAAGCGGGAAUCGUGUGAGGCGUCCAUGUCUUGGGUUGAUAUGCAUCAACGAGACGAAGUUGAAGAGAAGAGGAGCGAGAAUUUAAAUGAUGUUGUGGCGGAGGAGAAGGAGGACGUGAAUCUGAAGAAAAUCAAGCCGUCCAGAGAGCUGAGAGAGCGGAUAAGAUUCACAAAUGUGGGAAGGAAGAAGGAUUUUGUUUGUCUUGAGAGGAUAGAUGGAAGGAAGGUGAAUAUUUUGGAGGGUCUGGAACUGCACACUGGGGUUUUUAGUGCUGCGGAGCAGAGAAGGAUUGUGGAUGCUGUCUAUAACCUGCAAGAGAAAGGGAGGAAUAAUGAAUUUGAAGAACACACAUAUUCUGAACCAAGAAAGUGGAUGCGUGGGAAAGGAAGAGUGACAAUUCAAUUCGGAUGCUGUUACAAUUAUGCGGAAAAGAAUGGAAUCCCUCCUGGCAUCAUUCGCAGGGCAAUUGCUGAUCCUAUUCCAAAUCUAUUCAAAACUAUGAUAAAGCGGUUGGUUCACUGGCAUGUGUUAUCUCCUGACUGUGUGCCAGAUAGUUGCAUCGUUAAUAUUUACGAACCUGGUGAUUGCAUACCACCUCAUAUUGACAGCCAUGACUUUGUGCGGCCGUUUUCUACCGUUUCAUUUUUAAGCGAGUGCAACAUCUUGUUCGGAUCCAAUCUAAAAGCAGUUGGACCAGGAGAAUUUAUUGGAUCAAUGUCAGUUCCCCUUCCAGUUGGGUCUGUGCUGGUCUUAAAUGGCAAUGGAGCUGAUAUUGCAAAGCAUUGUGUUCCUUCUGUCCCUUUCAAAAGGAUUUCCAUCACUUUUAGGAAAAUGCAUAAGUCUAAGCGGCCGCAUGGGUUCUGGCUUGAGCCAGAUUUGCAAAAUAUCAAACCAUAUGAUGCGAAUGCUGAAAUUGAAUCCUGGGAAGAGAACAAAGAGGAGACUCCUGCAGAGAUUACAGAGAUUAUUAGAUCAAUAGGGAGGAAGCUGAGAAGUGAAAUUCACAGGACUGAUUCUGAAGAGCCUAUGGAGAGGCCGUCACGACAUGGUUCGAUGAAUGAUUAUGGCUCGAACUCUAGCGGUGGCAAGGCAUACAGUGUAAGGAGACUUUCGAUGCGGUCGACGCACGAGGCAUGCAAGCCAGAUAUAGAUGAGGAGUCGUUCAUCAAAAGGCGAUACAGUUGGGAUUCAAGGCAUCAUACCAGACAAAGAAUCAGACUGUAAUUCUGUUUGGUUUAGAGUUGUUUUGCAGCUUAUUGUUGUAGGGGGAGAGUUCAUUUUUCUUUGUUUUCUUUUGUCAGAUGUAUAGCUCUAGAAUCAGAGGCUUAGUAUGCCUAUACAUUCUGUGUUGAAUAGGAAUAUUGCAUUUGUUUGAGAAAUAAUGCAAAUGUUGUUUCUUUUGCUUUCAUAAUGUUUGGUCGUGCCUCUGCUUGU